AUGGAAGAUGGUCAAAAUAAUUUUGAAUUUUCAAAUGGUAAUGAAACUUUGGAUCAAUUUAUAUCUGAAAAUACAAAUAAUAUUUUGGAAAAUUUAGAAGAUAGUUAUUCUGUUAGUUUUUCUGAUAAUUGUUCUGAUCAUAAUGAAGAUUUUGAUCAUAAUAGUACUUCUCUUUUCAAAGGAACAAAUAAAAGUACAGAAGAAUUUAUAUCACGUUUUCUAAAAAUCAAAUUAAAAGGUGAAGUAUCUGAUAAUACAUCAGAAAAAUUUUUAAAAUUAUUUUGUGAUUUUUUGCCUUCUGAUCAUAAUUGUUCAAGAACAAUUCAAGGAAUAAGAAGUAAAUUGGCAUAUUCAGUUCCAGAUGUAAACAAUAUCUUUAAAAAUACUAUUGAGCAUGAUUUUGAAGAAGGUCGUCUUUUAGAAUUUUCUUUUAUGGAAAUAAUAAAACUUGUAAUUAAGCGUAAUCUUACAUGUUUUUUAAAAAAUUAUAAUGGUAAGGAAAAAAUAUUAGAUUUGUUGCUUCAUACAGAUGGAGCACCAUUAAGUAAAAGUUCAAAAGUACAAAUUUGGCCAGUUUCGGCAAUAUUUCUGGAUCUUCCACCAAAAAUAAGAAUAGCUUUUCAUAAUGUUGUUCUUUUUAGUAUAUGGUAA